AUGACACCCUGUGCCGUCUCCGUGUUCUACGGCUCGCAGACCGGCUGCGCUGAGUCCAUUGCCCAGCGUAUUUACGACGAGGCAAUGGAAAAACAAUUGGACGCAGAGCUGCACCCGCUCAACGACAAAGUCGAGACGCGGGACGGACACUUCGUGGUCAUCGUGUGCUCCACAACAGGCAACGGGGACCCGCCCGACAAUUGCGGCAAGUUUUGGCGCUACGUGAAGCGCAGAACGCAACCCGAUGACAUGUUGGCUAAGCUGCGGUACACAGUGUUGGGACUCGGAGACACCAACUACGACAAGUUUUGUUUUAUGGGAAAAAGUAUCGAGAAGCGCAUGCGAGAGCUAGGUGCGCAGAGCUUCUACGAGUUCGCUGCUGCUGACGAAGCGAUGGGACUUGAGGAAAGUGUGGAGCCAUGGCUGAAUGGUCUUUGGGAGGCGUUUGACAAAGCAAAUGGUGUGAUUGGAGUGGCCACCGAUGUCGGUUCCUCAAGUUCGUGUGUCAAGGAGAGUAGUGCAUAUGGUGAUGAGGCUACGGAUGCGUUGCCGGCUGGGAAAAAGUCGUUAACUCUGGCCACUGUGAACGCGUCAUAUCUCUUGGAGAAGCUCAUUUCGUACGAGAAGAUGUUUGGUCCGCUGGACGCUCCAACGGAGACACCUGAAGAUCUUCCUCGACUACAGUCGUCGCUUCUCAGUAUGCGCUCGACGAACCCAGUCUUGGCUUCAGUGGUUGGUGCCGAGUAUCUAACGGCCCCACACGCCGCGAGGAAGGUUCUUCGUCUUGACGUCGACGUCAGCGGCUUAAAUAUUCAGUACGUUCCUGGAGACUCGAUCGGCAUCAAGUGUCCUAAUCGACUGGAAGAUGUGGAUGCUCUACUGUCAUGCUUGGGGGUCAACGGAGAUGAAAUCUUCUCCGCUGAGCCUGUUGCGGCCACAAACGGACGUGCAGCCAAACGGAAGAACACUUCAAUCCACUUCCCAUCACCAUGCAACGUCCGCGACGUCUUCCUAAACCACGUCGACAUCCUGAGUGUACCGAAGAAAGCUGCAGUUCGUGCUCUUGCGACGUAUUGCUCGGACGAGGAGGAACGUGCUCGGAUGCUGCUGUUAAGCAGCAAGACUGGCGCACAAAAGUACAAGGUAAGAACGGUCACUUGA